GUUUCAACCUACCGGCCAAUGCAAAAUGUUGCCACGAAUGUCCAGACCCCAUCCUGUGUAGUGAGAGCGGCCCCUAUUGCUACAACGGUCUGGGCCAGAACAACAGGAAGACGUACGAUAACUUUAGAAGAAUGACUCAAGAGCUGUGCCUCCAGAACCUUCAAUUUGACGAUGACAGAUACCAGAAAGGAGAAUGUAGUGUCAACACUGGACCUCCAGCUGCACCGAUUAACUGUGAUGACCCAAACAUUUGUAAAGGAAAAUUUGCUCCUCCACAGAAUCUUGCAACAGGAACUGUGUGCGGACCUGCCAGCAGCCCAAAGACGCACAAAUCUUACUGUGACAUGGUUAAAAACGUGUGCAAACAACAAGGUGGUGUCGACAAGCUGGGUGCCAUCAGUGCCAUACAGGCUAAGGCAGGACCGUGUGGGGCUGGACCAUCGACCGACCCCGUGCUGCUGGCUGAACCCGUUUUCCGGACUUGGUCCCCGUUUGGUCCAUGUGUGUUCCCUAAUGGGGAUUGUGGACAAGGUAGAAAGAUACGAACCAGAGUAGCCGUGGCCUUGGACAACAGACCAACACGCAACCCUGACUCUACUGAACUGGAGGAGGAAGAAUCAUGCUUCAAGGCUUGCCCGCAGAUUAACAGUUAUCCUCAAUGCCCUAACAGUGUCAUCUGCAAAGACGUGUUCCCUGUGUGUGGAAUUAUUGGAACUAAAAAUGCGAAAACGUACAGGAGUGAAUGCGAACUGAAUGUCACCGCAUGUCAAGAAGGCAGGGAACCAUAUGUACUCUACAGAAAAGAGUGUAACGCCAGUGAUGAUGGCACUGCAGGCAGAUUAUGCAAAAAUGGGCCUAAAAUUGUACUAGUUAAGAAGGAGUUUGAGGACUCAAUUGAGAGCUGUUCUAGUGCAGAAGUUCCGGUUAACUCCUGCGACAAUCUGUUGUGUGAAAGCUCAACCAGCGAACUCUGCUGCAGAGCUACACAGUUUGAACAAAUCGCCGCGGAUGUUACCUGCUACAACUCUGAGACAGGGGUGUAUGAAGAGAGGAAGAGGCAGGUGUUCCUAUCAGCGAAGUCAUGUGAAUGUCAGCAACAAAUUCAGCCUUAA